AUGUCAGGCAUCGGAGGUCACAUAGAAAAAUUUGAAAGUGCCACGGUACCUUUGAAAAUUUGCUCGGUGUAUGGUAAAGAGAUCAGUUUGACGGUGCAAACUAAUGUCAUAACAAGCGGUUUCCCGUCAGUUAACCUUACUCAAACAGAUGCCGAUUUUCUUGAACUCCACGAAAUCUGCUCAGCAAACUCUAAACUGCAAGGUGAGCGACAAAUGCCAAAGAUUUUAGUAGGUCUCGACCGAUACCACGAUUUGGUAAUAGAGGAGGAUUCCACCAAAAAACUACCUUCCGGUUUAAGAAUCGCAAAAACUAUGUUUGGACCAGCAAUUUAUUGUCGCGGAAAACUUGAGUCUUCCGAAAGUGUGCCGAACAUCUCCUAG